CUGCAUUUGAGGUCUAUUUUCAUUGUAACCUGACUGUUGAAAGUCACCAACGCCCAAACUGAAAGAAAAAAAAAACCCUGAGACUUCUGAAGAUCCGCUUUUAAAAUUCACUGGUCAUUCAAAUACCUCCUCCGUGGCACAGCCUGUGCACCGCGCUUAAGAAACACACAGAUACAUAUUUAUUGCAUAACUCUCUUUUGCAACUGCAGCUCUUGCAUACUUGAGUCUAUCUGUGUACUCAACAGUUUUGUGCAUUUUCACAGUUUCUUGAAUUCCUUUGUGAACCUAGAGGCUUCCACUUCCCCGACAUCUAAAAAAUGGCAACAAAAAUCGAUAAAGAGGCUUGCAGGGAAGCAUACAACCUUGUGAGAGACGAUAACACUGAAAUAAGCUGGGUUUCCUUCAAAUAUGAUGGUUCACUCAUAGUACCAGGGGGCCAGGGCAAAGACUAUGAAGAAUUUAUGAGCCAAUGUACAGAUGAUGUUCGGUUGUUUGGGUUCAUACGGAUCACGACUGGAGAUGCCAUGAGCAAGCGAGCCAAAUUCACCCUGAUCACCUGGAUUGGGGAGAACGUCAGUGGUCUACAGAGAGCCAAGAUCAGCACGGACAAGACUCUGGUAAAGGACGUAGUACAGAACUUUGCUAAGGAGUUUGUCAUCAGUGACCGCCGGGAACUGGAAGAGGAUUACAUUAAGAAUGAGCUGAAGAAGGCAGGCGGGGCCAAUUACGAUGCACAAGCAGAGUAGGGAGCCUUCCAGAAACCAUCUGCCUGCUGCUGCUGCUUGUAAACCAGACAGGGAGAAGAGAAGCCCCUCAAGGCAGAUCCGCCUCAUUCUCCCACCAUCUACAACAGUCACCACAAUCAAGGACUUCUCUCUCAUUCUGCUUUAAAGCAAACACUCCCUUUAGCAAAUUAAAAGGUGGGUUGCAGAGGAAAUCAAGGAUUCUGCAGGGCACAGUCAGAUGCUUUUGUCCAAUGGUCUCUCAGUUUUGUCUGUUACUGGUAAUUAAUGGAGUUUUGAAAGGCUGAGAAAGUUUGCCUCUUUUUCAGCAUUGCUUGUCUGAUUGGCUGAUGUUGCUUCAAGCUACUGGUACAUUCUUUCUUAUGUUCUUAUGUACUCGAAAGCCUAAAGAUUUGUGUAGGCUUUUUUAUUUUUUUCUUCAUUACUGAAGUCUUUUCUCCUCUUAUUUCCCACACAAAUUUUGCAUUCCUUUUAAAAUGGAAUUGAUUCAGUGACUUGGCCUGCUAGUGAGUUAAUGCAGUGUGCAGUAUUAGUGUACCUGCAGGGGCUCAUUAUCACACCAGUGGAUGUCAAGCUGAAUCAGAGAACUAGAAAGGUGGCUGGAUUCCAGUCAGUUAGUAUACCCUGGCUGUAAAGAACCUUGCAACUACUGUACUUCUGUCAGCUGAUGAUCAGAGACUAGAUUGUACUGUACCUACACGCACAUAUUGUAAAUGUUUAACUUCUCAGAGGAAAAAUUGGAAAUCCUCAAAAUCAGGGUGCCACCAUUGUAGACCUAAAAGAGGGGAAAGGAGUUUUCAGUUUUAUUUUGGUUCUUUUUAUUGAAUUGUGCUACUCUUCUAGACAAGCAAUCUCCAUACUCUCUGAGUCCAGGGCUAUCGAUAUAGCUUCCAUAAGCCAACCUAUAGCACAAGAUGAUGAUAGCCAAUGUAACAAAUGGGUCUAAAAUGUGAAUCUGAUGCAAAAACACCUGUACAAAUGUAGACAUUAUGUAUAAACAGUAAUCACCACCACCAGGCUUUCAUGGGUUUCUUUGGAAGGCCCCAGAGGAAAGUAAUUCUAGAAGAGUACAACAGCUUACUCAAAGCAUGCUCAGAAAGAUCUUUAGUAAAAUAGUUAAUGCUACCCUUUGGGUUUUUUGCACUUGCCUCCAAGGCAUUUGGUUGAGGCCCUGUGCCCCACCCUCAAUUGUUGAAUGUGCCCUUCAUGUUUAAUCUGCCUUACGAAAUUAGAUUUUAGCCUAUUUCCAGAAAUGUGACGGGUUUCUGACAAAGAUCUGAUUCAAUUUAAAGGCCUCUUAUUUUCUCAUCAGAUAAAGCACUGUGCAUGCUGACUGUACCAUACUGUUGGACUAAUUGGACUAAAAUACAAAAAAAGCUGAAAAUUAAUGUAGAUGGCCUUUUAACUACGUUUCGAUAUCUGUCUAUACAUCGUGUGUGUGUGUAUAUAUAUAUAUAUAUAUAUAUAUAUAUAUAUAUAUAUAUAUAUAUAUAUAUAUAUAUAUAUAUAUGUAUAUAUAUAUAUUUAAAUAUAUGUAUAUAUAUUUAAAUAUAUAUAUAUAUGUAUAUAUAUAUAUAGUGUAUAUGUGUAUGUACGUGUGGUGUAUGCAAUGUUAACCUCAUGAGAAACAGGUUGUUGGAAUAUGGUGGUUCUAAACUCAGUUAAUAAAGUCCAGUGGCACAAUUUGCUGUGUUUUUAAGUGACCAGAAUGAAAGUUGUUUUGUGAAACUUUGUUUGUUUUCUAGGUGAGUUUGGUUGGGUAUAUUUUUCAAAUUGGAACAUAAAAUAGUUAUGUAUUGUAAGGACAAGCACCAUUAAGGAUAAACCAUUUCAGAAUAAAAUUCAAUUUUUUUCAAAAAUGA